AUGUGGAAGAUUAGUUCCUUCCCCUCUUGGGAGUUCAAUGCAGAGCUCUGUGCUGGGCAGCAGAGGGCCUUGGCUGACGUCACCCCCCCCCCCCACGAGGACCCGGCUCUCACCGCGGCCCUCAUUGCGCAGAACUUGGGGCCGAGUGUGCACACUGUCUGGUGUUCUUUAGGCUACCCCGAGAUAUUUUUUGUUUUUACGAACCGGAGGCGGUGGCGGCGGGACCCCCCAGGCCUGCUCCGGGGACAUGAAAGUCGGCAGCGCGUUCCUGGGCGGCGGCGGCAGCGGGCGGAGAUGGAGCCCAGCUUCCCGCCGGGGAUGCUCAAGUUCAACCACCGGCUGGCCCCGGUGGCCAGCUUCGCCCCGCCCGCGGGCACGGCCGCCGAGACUCCCCCCAUCCUGGCGCCCACCUCAGACGGGACUUUCAAGAAGGAGCCGGCGGCGCCCCGCGCGGCCUUCCCGGCGCAGAGGACCCCCGGGGGCUUCCUGCAGUCGCCGGUCAGCAUCAAGCAGGACAAGCCGGCCGAGCCCGAGGAGCCGCCGGGCGCCCCCCUGCACCAGGGCUCCGGGGGCCUGUUCGCCGGGGCGGACGCGGGCGGCGGGGACCGGGGAGGCCACGGCGUCAUCCAGGACCUGAGCGUCCUGUACCCGCCGGACCCGCACUCCCGCAACGUGCUGCUGGGCGGCGGCCGGACCGAGGACCCCCGUGGCCCCGAGGAGCCAAAGCCAGACGCGAGCGUCAAGAAUGUGAAGAGGCCAAAGCCAGAAGAAUCUCAGGGAAUCAAAGCCAAGAGGAAGCUGAGCGCAUCUUCCAAACCGCCGCUGGUGGGAGACGGGGAAGGCGCCCUGCUCUCCCCCCGUCAGAAACCGCACAUCUGCCAUCACUGUAGCGCCGCUUUCCGGAGCUGCUACCACCUGCGGAGGCACGUCCUCAUCCACACCGGGGAGCGGCCCUUCCAGCGCAGCCAGUGCAGCACGGGCUUCAUCCACAAGUACCUGCUGCAGAGACACGAGAAGAUCCAGUCAGAGAAGACGUUCGGGUGCGCCGAGUGCAGCAUGAAGUUCAUCCAGAAGUACCACAUGGAGAGACCCAAGAGGACGCACUGUGGAGAAAAGCCACACACGUGUGACACUUGCCAGCAGUAUCUCUCAAGGACCGAUCGCGUCUUGAAGACAGGCGCACCAUAGAGAAGCCAUAGAGGAAGGGCCCGCGGUGCAGAACCCGGGGCAUCCGGCCACAACAGCGUGGGGAAUCUGGCUGUGUUGUCGCAGGGAAAUCCCAGCUCUUCGAGGAGAAAGGCGAAGUCAAAAAGCAUCGCAGUUGAAAACAAGGAACACAAGACUGGUAAAACGAGCGACUGGCAGGCUUCGAGCAGUAUGACCCUGCAAAGUUACUUGGUAGAGAUGCCAGCCGCGUCUUCCAGUGGAGGCAUGAUCGGCCCUCGUAUAGAUGAGCUACAGAAAAGGGUGCCCAAAUUGAUCUUUAAGAAAGGAAGUAGAAAGAGAACGGAGAAGAACUACCUGAACUUCGUGUCACCAGUACCAGACAUGGUGGGACAGAAGUCCUUGUCUGGGAAACCAGGUGGCUCGCUUGGCCUAGAGUCAGACAACAGCGUGGAGACCGUUAGUCUUCUCCAGAGCGCUAGUGGCAAACACGGUCAAAUGAGCAGUAAUUAGGCCGAUGCCAUGCAGCUCUCGAAGAAAAGAAGAUCCUUACCAACUGCCAGCAGCAACAGUGCCUUUUCCGUGAGCGUGGGACACACGGUCUCCCAGCAGUCUGUCAUUCAGUCUGCGGGCGUCGGAGUUUUAGACAGCGAGGCCCCCUUGCCCCUUACUGACUCCGCGGGCCUGCAUGCGGAAAUGUCUUGUCACGACAAGUCUGGAAUUCCUGAUGAGGUUUUACAGAGUAUUUUGGAUCAGUACUCCAAGUCCGAGAGCCAGAAGGGGGAUCCCUUCAGCAUAACGGAUUUCCACACCUCGGGAGGACAUUCAGAGUUGGUGCAAGAAGAAGACUUGAGCCCAGGCACCCAGAUCAGUGAUAAGGCCAGCAUGGUGCAAGAAUACUCCAAACACCUCCAGCAGGCUUUUGAAAAAUUCACGAAUGCAGGUUUUGCUCUUGGACACGGUUUCCAGUUUGUCAGCCUGUCGUCACCUCUCCACAAGCACACUUUAUUUCCAGAAAAGAUAAACACAACAUCUCCUUCGGAGUGUGGUUUCGGCCAGUCUGUUACCUCAGUGUUGCCAUCUUCGUUGCCAAAGCCUCCUUUUGGGAUGUUGUUUCGAUCGCAGCCAGGUCUUUAUUUAUCUGCUUUGGAUGCCACACAUCCGCAGGUGACCCCUUCUCAGGAGCUGGAUGAUCUGAUAGAUUCUCAGAAGAAUUUAGAGACUUCUUCAGCCGUCCAGUCCUCAUCUCAGAAACUGACUAGCCAGAAGGAACAGCAGAAAAGCUUUCAGAUCCCAUCUCAGGAGUUAGCCAGCCAGGUAGCUCCUCAGAAAGAUGUAGAGACUAGAACAUCGUACCAGAUUAAGAACUUGGCACAGGCAUUUGGUUCUCAGUUCAAGUCGGGCGUCAGGGCGCCAAUGACCCCAUUCACUAAGUCUAAUGGAGAAGUGGACCACAGAGCAAGGACUUCAGUGUCAGAUUUCUCAGGGUAUGCAAAUAUGAUGUCCGAUGCUAGUGAGGCAUGUAGUUGGAGGGUAAAGACACCCCCUAGCCAGAGUUACAGGUAA